UGCAGCCCCCAGGUCUAUCACGACCUAUUGCGCAUUGGACACGAAGGCCCUCGGGAUUCUCCACCGGACGCAUAUUACAGGAUAAGUUCCUACAUGAAUGGGAUCUUGUAAUGGUUCUCGAAUGUGCGGAUUCACUGGAGACAGCUACUCUGAGUAGUGAAGCGAUAGCUGAUGUCAUUGGAGAUUCGGCAACUCCAGUGCCCCCAGCAGAUGUUAAUGUUGCAGAAGUUAACUUGGCAAAAAUAUCUUUUAUAUCUGCUAGAAGUUCCCAAAACUGUUGAGUUGUGUCGUCACAUUGAAAUCAAGGAGCUUAAUCUAAAGCUUUCAGAAACUCAAAGGGAGUUGUUUAAAGCAAUCAGCUCUGCUGAACGAUCCGAGGCUCUUCGGCAGGAGGCUGCAUUGGAGCUUAAUCAUGCCGAGUUGCUUAACAAACGACUGCUAUUCUUCCACGAACAGCAGCAACAACAUAUAAAUGAAACUGAAGACCGAGUGAAGUUAGCCGAGCAGCGAUACAAUCAAUGCAUACAAGACUGGAAUGUUGCCCAGGAGCAGUGGGAAAAGGAGAGAACUAGCUUGAUGGAGAAGUUGGAAUAUGCAACGAACCAAGAAGAGUUUUACCGAAGAUCUAUGGAUGACAUGCAAGGCCAGUUGGCGGCGGCGUUAGCGGAAAAGCAAGCCCUACUGGAAACGAUUGAUCUCUUAACCGCAGAACUGCAAGCGGUGACUAAUGACAGAGGGGACGUUCGCGCUCUGAUGGACGCCAAGCUGAAGGAAGAGCAGACACUAAAGCUAGAAUGUCAGAAGAUAUCAGAGCGGAACCGGCAUCUGGAAGCGGAACUCGAGGUGAAGCAAACACAGCUCACUCAAUUGCAAAAAAGUUUGCCCGUGCUGCUUCAAGUAACUCUGAGACAAGCGGUUGACAGAGUUCAUACAAUGGCCAAAGUGCAGAUCACAAAAACUCACAAGCGACUGGAAGAGGUAGAACACCGCUUGUGGCAACAGACCCGGCAGCUGCGUGAAUUGGAGUCUACUAAUCGUUUCCUCAAGGUUAGUAUGGAUUCAUUAUUGACAAAAGGAAAUGUUUCACCUUUCUAG